AAUUCCCGCCUCUUCCGGUUCUCGUUAUCACUGCCUCGCUAAUGGCGCACUUCCGCCUCGCUACCCACAAGUCCCAGCGCCCUCAGUGUACUAUUAUACCGGAAAUUCCCGCCUCUUCCGGCCCUCGUGACCGGUGCCUCUCUAAUGGCGCACUUCCGCCUCGCUACCCACAAUCCCCAGCGCUCCCGCUGCACCAUCCUACCGGAAAUUCCCGCCUCUUCCGGUCCUCGUUAUCACUGCCUCGCUAAUGGCGUACUUCCGCCUCGCUACCCACAAGUCCCAGCGCCCUCAGCGAACUGUUAUACCGGAAAUUCCCGCCUCUUCCGGCCCUCGUGAGCGGUGCCUCGCUAAUGGCGCACUUCCGCCUCUCUACCCACAAUCCCCCGCGCACUCACGGCACCGUUCUACCGGAAAUUCGCGCCUCUUCCGGUCCACGUGACCUGUGCCUCGCUAACGGCGCACUUCCGCCUCGCUACCCACAACCCCCCGCGCCCCCCCACUGCACCAUCCUACCGGAAAUUCCCGGCUCUUCCGGUUCUCGUCACCGGUGUCUCGCUAAUGGCGCACUUCCGCCUCGCUACCCACAAUCCCCCGCGCCCCCCCCACUGCACCAUCGUACCGGAAAUUCCCGCCUCUUCCGGCGCCGAUCUGUGCUCCGAUUGGCCAAGAGGGCCCCGGGCGGGCGGAAGCGGCGCCAUGGCGGAGCCGGAGCUGAGCGCGGAAGCGCUGCGGGAGCGGCUGCGGCGGGAACUCGGCGCCGAGCACGUGGAGGUGGAGGACACGACGGCGUCGCGCUGCGCCUGCAGCUUCCGCGUCCUCGUGGUGGCCGCCGCCUUCCGCGGCCAGGGGCUGCUGCAGAGACACCG